AUGUUGCUCCUUUCUCCCGUCUUUUUGGGAGCAGCAUUCUCUGUCCUAGCUUUGACGUAUGUCAUUCGCUGCGUCCUGUCCCCGUUGUGGAAAGUUCCUGGCCCGAGGAUAUCCGCCUUCACUUCCCUCAUUCUGAAAUGGCAUGAACUACAAGCAACCAGGACGAAGUACAUCCAUGCGCUCCACCAGCAAUAUGGACCGGUUGUCCGAGUCGCACCAGACGAGGUCUCAUUUACAUCGUACGAAGCCGUCAAAGAGAUUUACUGCUCUGGAGGUAGCGGUUAUGACAAGACGGAGUUUUAUGACUUGUUCAAAGUCUAUGGACGAAGGUAUGGAAGGCAAGCUUAUGUUGGUUGGGUAAAGCAGAAAGCUUACAGUACUAGGACUAUGUUCACAACGUUGAACAAGGAAGAUCAUGCGAAGCGCAAGAGAAUAAUUGCGGACCGCUACGCAAACAGUAACGUCCUGCGACCUGUACCUCUAGGCGGCAUUCAGGAGAGGUCACAAAAGUUUAUCAAGUUGUGCGAGAAGUCCGUUGGCAAGAGCCACGACAUAUUCAUGAGUCUUCACUCAUACGCCUGUGAUUGCGUCACACAUCACCUGUUCCAUCCGUACGGCAGUAAUUGCCUCGAGGACGAGGCGGACGAGGAAAUGAUGCACCAGGUUGCUGCUGACGACAGCCUGCAAAACCGCCUUGUUCAGCACUAUAGUCCCGCGCUGCACAAGCUCCUCUCUCGAUUCCUGUACUUCUUCGCCAAGCCCCGCGAGACGCCCCUCGCCGACACCUUUGUCAUCGAGUCCAGCAAGAAGCCCGACCCGGCGGCAUUCACGCUCCUGAGCCGGCUCCACGACAAGGCGGGCCAGGGACUGGACCAGCUCGACAUGGCGGGCGAGUGCCUCGACCACAUGGCGGCAGGCAUCGACACGACGGGCGACGGGCUGUGCUUUCUCAUGUGGGAGCUCUCGCAGCCGCGGUCGCUGCGUUUUCAGGAGACGCUGCGACGCGAGCUGAGGGAGAACCCGGGGGUCGCGUUCGACAAGUUGCCGUUCCUCGAUGCCAUUGUGCAGGAAGGGUUGCGGUGCUUCCCAGCUAUCCCGAUGUCCCUGCCGCGUUAUGUGCCCCAGGGCGGGCGGGUAAUUGACGGGUAUGCCAUCCCGGGGAAGACUACAGUCAGCUGCCAGGCGUAUUCCAUUCACCGCAUCAACGAGGAAGUGUUCCCGGAGCCAGACUCGUUCAACCCUGAUCGGUGGAUGGAGCCAACGGGUGACGCUGAGAGGAAGCGGCUCAUGUUUGCGUUUGCCAACGGAGGCCGGGGAUGUGUUGGCAAGCAUCUGGCGCUCGCCGAGAUGAAGACUCUGUUGACGGAUAUUUACACCCGUUACACGACGCUUCCUGAGACGUCAAUGGCGGAAGAGUCGAUGGCCAUGUCGGACCAGCUCAUCUCCUCGCGACCUCUAGGACAAAAGUGUUUGCUGCAGUUUGUUCCCGUUGGCGAGAAGUGGGAAUGA